UAAUCCAGGAAGCGGACUUUGGAGGAGGAGCCGGCCUGUGCGAGUCAGGUUGAGAACUCAACCCGGGCGAGGGCAGCAGGAAAUAUCGAGGCUGCCAUUCAGGAGCGAAACGAAAUAAAACGGGUAACGAGGAUACAAGAGUGAUAGCGAGUCACUCGCGUAAAUGUUUUUUUAAUUCCUGCAACAAGAAGGAAGCUGUGUAUACGAGCGGAACGUAAAGAAAACUGAAACCGAGGGUGGAAACAAAAGUGGACAGCUGGGGCAACGGCCGCUGAGAGUCAGCAGCACACCUGUGAGGGUGCUUCCUGUGCCUGACGCUGUGAUUCUCCCGGCCCUGGGCAGGUAGCAGAGCGGGAGCAGGCUCGCUGAGGGAGGAUGAAGAGGUUUCGCCGGCACGGCCACGAGUCGCAGAGGGACAAGCUAAAACAGGAGCUCUACCAGUUCAACAAGACUGUGGAGCAUGGAUUCCCCCACCAGCCCAGUGCUCUGGGAUACAGCCCCACCCUGCAGCUCCUGGCCAUCGGCACUCGCUCAGGAGCCAUCAAGCUAUACGGGUCUCCAGGAGUGGAGUUCAUGGGACUCCACGACGAGAACGCCACAGUCACUCAGGUGCACUUCCUCCCCCACCAGGUGGAGCUGGUGACCCUGCUGGAUGAUAACAGUCUGCACAUGUGGACGCUGCGCGCUCACCAGGGCGUGUCAGAGCUGCUGGAGAUCGGCCGUUUCGCCCUGACCGGCCCGCCAGGCGCCCCCCCCAGCGUGACGCGGGUAACUGCAGUGCUGGCGCACUCGUCCGGGGAACUGCUGCUCCUGGGCACAGAGGGAGGGCACGUGUUUGUGGUGGAGGUGCCCUGCUUCAGGGAGCUGGAGGAGAGGAACAUCAGCGUGGAGGAGGUGCAGAGCAGUGUUCCAGAAGAGUACAUAGGCCGGCGGAGCCUGGAGAGCGUGGAGGCUCUGCAGGAGAACCCGCUGAACCCGCGGCAGGUUCUGCUGGGCUACAGCCGCGGCCUCAUGGUGCUGUGGGACCUGGACGGGAAGUGCGCCACGCAGCACUUCCUCUGCACGCAGCAGCUGGAGAGCGUGUGGUGGAUGCCGGACGGAGGCCAGGUCAUCAGCUCUCACAGCGACGGCAGCUUCUGCCACUGGACGGUGACCGGGGAGGGCUCGCAGCAAGAGCCCGACAAGCAGGAGACGCCCUACGGCACCUUCCCCUGUAAGGCCAUCUCUAAGAUCGUACAGCUGCCCUCCACAGAAGGGACCCCGUUCCUGCUGUUCAGCGGAGGCAUGCCGCGGGCCAGCUACGGGGACAGACACUGCAUCUCCAUCAUCAACGGCAAGACCCACGUGGCGCUGGACUUCACCUCCCGCAUCAUCGACUUCUUCGUCAUCAGAGACGAAGGAGUUCCGAAGGCGCUGGUGGUUCUGGUGGAGGAGGAGUUGGUGGUGGUGGACCUGCAGUCUGAAGGCUGGCCGGUGAUCCAGACGCCCUACCUGGUCCCGCUGCACUGCUCUGCCAUCACGUGCUCCCACCACGUCUCCUGCAUCCCGCUCAAGCUGUGGGAGCGCGUGCUGGCAGCCGGGGCGCUGCAGAACACACACUACUCAGGGAAGCCCUGGCCUGUUACUGGAGGGCAGAACCUGGCCCCAGACCCUCCUCAGAGAGACCUGCUGCUCACGGGGCAUGAGGACGGGACGGUGCGCUUCUGGGACGCCUCCGGCGUGUGUCUGCAUCCCAUGUACAAGCUCAGCACAGCGGGAGUCUUCCACACCGACGCUGACUUCAACGACAACAUGAACCAGGGCGCCGAGGGGGACUGGCCCCCCUUCAGAAAGGUGGGAAACUUCGACCCCUACAGCGACGAUCCUCGCCUAGGCAUCCAGAAGAUCCACCUGUGCAAAUACAGCGGCUACCUGGCAGUGGCUGGCACGGCAGGGCAGAUCCUGAUGAUGGAGCUGAACGACGAGCCGGCCGAGCAGGUGGUGGAGGCCUCUCUGGUGGACCUGCUGCAGGGCCAGGAGGGCUUCCGCUGGAAGGGCCACGCCCGGCUGGAGGUGCACGAGGACCCGGUCCUCUUCCCGCCCGGUUUCCAGCCCUUCUCCCUGGUGCAGUGCCAGCCCCCCGCUGGGGUCACGGCCCUCACCCUGCACUCCGAGUGGAAGCUGGUGGCCUUCGGAACCAGCCACGGCUUUGGUCUGUACGACUACUUGCAGAGGAGCCCCGUCCUGGUCCGGUGCACGCUCAACCCCAGUGAUCAGCUGGCCAUGGAGGGCCCUCUGUCUCGGGUGAAGUCCAUUAAGAAGUCCCUGCGCCAGUCCUUCCGCCGCAUCCGCCGCAGCAGAGUAUCUGUACGCAAGAACCGCGCCAACAACGCCGCCAAGCUGCAGGAGGCGAACGCGCGGCUGGAUGCGGAGCUGCAGGAGAUGGAGCUGGCCCCGGUCCAGAGGAAGAUCGAGGCGCGCUCCUCGGACGACUCCUUCACGGGCCUGGUCCGCACGCUCUACUUCGCCGACUCCUUCCUCAGCGACGCCACCCACAGCACCCCUUCGCUUUGGGCGGGCACCAACGGGGGCAGCGUCUUCGCUUACAUCCUGCGCCUUCCCACCGUGGAGCACAGAACCGAGGACCCAGUCACAGCCCACCCCGCGAAGGAGAUCCAGCUGAUGCACAGGGCCCCGGUGGUGGGCCUGGUGGUGCUGGACGGGCGCGGGGCCCCGCUGCCCGAGCCUCUGGAGGUGGCCCACGACCUCUCCCGCAGCCCCGACAUGCAGGGCUCACACCACCUGCUGGUCAUCUCCGAGGAGCAGUUCAAGCUAUUCACGCUGCCCAAGGUGAGCGCCAAGAUGAAGCUGAAGCUGACGGCCACGGAGGGCUCGCGCGUGCGCCGCGUGGGCGUGGCCUGGUUCGGCAGCAGCCGCGUGGACGAGUACGGCGAGAGCGGCCUGGUGGUGCUGACCAAUCAGGGAGACCUGCUGGUGGUGUCGCUGCCCGGGGUGAAGAUGCAGGUGCAGCACCCCUGCAUCCGCCGAGAGGACGUCAGCGGGAUCGCGUCCUGCGUGUUCACCAAGCACGGACAAGGGUUCUACCUGAUCUCCCCGUCCGAGUUUGAGCGCUUCUCCCUGUCCGCCCGCUGGCUGGUGGAGCCCAAGUGCUUGGUGGAGGUACCCCCUCCCCUCUCCGCCUCCGCCCGGGCCCCCCUGCCCAGGUCCCAGCCCGACGGGGCCCCCACGGAACACAGUGAUCACAGGAGUGUCGGUGACGCUGUUGAGAGCUCUGCCAGACGAGUAAUGGAGCAUGCUUUGCUGAAUGAUGAGCAGGUGCUUCAGGAGAUCCAGAAAUCACUAGAAGGAGAUCAGAUGACCUACCUGGAGAAUAAUAUGAAGGGCUUGUCAACAGGAGGGAUGGUGAUGAGCAACGGAGAAUGAGCCGUCCUGUGCGGUGCCUGAAAGACCCCGGAGUCCUCCAGAAAUGCCAACAACACUAUCAUUAGCACCACUACUGAGCCCUGACCUGCUCCAGGAAGGGCCCUCACUGACUCAUUGCUACUGUACUGGGAGGAGGGGGAGAGGGGCGACCGUCUGUGCCUCUGCCUACCGCUGUACCUCUGCCUGCCUUCCCCAUCCACCCUGCUGUAUGCCCGCCCGCGACCAUCCACCCUCCGCCCCCGAUCCCAACCAGCAGGGGCCAGUUUGCACAUCACCAACCCGCCGCCCUGUCUUCCAUUUUUACAGACAGGGAAAAGGGGGCAUUGAGGAAUGUUCUUAUUGUUUUCUAAAGGGGAGCACCUACUUCAGUGAUUAUUUUAAAUUUUUUUUUUUUUUUUUUUUCGUUUUGUUUUUUUGUUUUUAUUCUCCAACACGUUUAAUUUCACCUGUGUUGAAGACUCGUCCUAUUGAUCUUAAAUGCCAAAUCCAAGACUGCUGGCUUAACAAGGGAAAAGAAGAUGAUGCAGGGACGUAUUUCCACAUACAACAGAUCAACGCUGAAAAAAGAACCGUAACGUGUACGUGUGAAGAAAAACAGGGUUGAAUAUGAAGCGGUAUUAGAAACGGAUUUCAAAAUGUAAACAAAAGAUAAACUACUUUCAAACCACUCGUGUAAAAAAACUGUGGGCAGUAUUCCUAGAGCAUUAGCCUUCCAUUCCAUAGAACCUUUACUGUCCUUGCAAAGGCACCUGUGGCUCAAUAGUGCAGUCAAUAGAUCCUAAGUCUUUGAGGUACUUUUCUACUGCUGCGUAGCACAUUUUUUUAUUUACUUUUUAUGGGAACAACUUUCUACUGGGUUUUUUUAUUUUUAAUUAAUUUUUUUAAUGUAAACCAUGGACAAUGUAAUUUAGGAAUGUAAUUUUUAAAUAUUGUAGUCAAAUGUUUAAUAUAUAUGUAUAUUAAAAUUGGACCUGUUUCUAUGGACGGAUAAUUUUAAGGGGGGUUGGCUGCUAUAUUCUAAUGACAAGGAAAUAUUUUGGUACUGUUUCUCGAAAUGCUGGGUAUUUUUUAGCAUUUUUUUUGUUUUCGUUUAGAUUAUAUUUUUGUAGCGAAUCAUUGAGUAUGAGAACCCUAAUUGUGACUUGUAACUUCACACUACAGUACAUCCUGCUGCAAGAGUAAACCUUUUCACAAAA